CGGGCGCGGAGCCGCCAUGCCGCGGUCGGUCGGGCUGCUCUGGCUGCUGCUGCCGGGGCUGGCGGCGCUGGAACCGCUCAGCGUGGGCCUGGCCAUCGGCGUCGCCUCGGCCCUCACCGGCUACCUGUCCCACCCCCGCUUCUACUGCAACUAUGUGGAGUGCUGCCCCAGCGCCGGGCAACGCCUCAACGCCACCGCACUGAAGGCGCAGCUGGACGCCAAGCUCUUCGGGCAGCACCUGGCCAAGGACGUGGUGCUCAAGGCGGUGAUGGGUUUCAGCAACAACCCCAGCCCCAAGAAGCCGCUGACGCUCUCGCUCCACGGCUGGGCCGGCACCGGCAAGAACUUCCUCAGCCAGAUCUUGGCGGAGCACGUCCACCGCGCCGGCCUGCGCAGCAAGUUCGUCCAUCUCUUUCUGGCCACCCUGCACUUCCCCCACCAGGACCAACUCAAGCUCUACAAGGAGCAACUGCAGAACUGGAUUCGGGGCAACGUCAGUGCCUGUCCCCACUCUGUCUUCAUUUUUGAUGAGAUGGACAAAAUGCAUCCAGGUCUCAUUGAUGCCAUCAAGCCAUUCUUAGACUAUUAUGAGCAGGUUGAUGGGGUGUCCUACAGGAAAGCCAUCUUCAUCUUCCUCAGCAAUGCAGGUGGUGACUUAAUUAAUAAAGCAGCUCUUGACUUCUGGACAAGUGGAAAGGGCAGGGAAGAGAUUCAGCUGAAAGACCUGGAGCCCACGCUAUCUGUAGGAGUCUUCAAUAACAAGAAUAGUGGACUGUGGCACAGCAGCCUCAUUGACAGGAACCUCAUUGACUACUUUGUUCCCUUCCUGCCCCUGGAGCACAAGCACGUGAAGAUGUGUGUCAGGGCUGAAAUGAUAGCCCGUGGCUAUGCUGUUGAUGAGAAGAUUGUUCAAGCAGUGGCUGAUGAGAUGACAUUCUUCCCAAAAGAGCAGAAAAUCUACUCUGAUAAAGGCUGCAAGACCGUACAGGCCAAGCUGGAUAUUCAUGAAGAUGCUAUGAUGAGAGAUACGAAACCCAAGGGUUGACUACCCUUUAGGUCUCCAAUGCACUUUCAGACCUUUUGCAAAUCUGUAUAUUUGCACUUAAGCUUUUUUACUGUUGCAGGGAAUAUGGUGAAAAUAGCAGAGUGAACUGUGUGGGCUUUUAAGUUUUUGUUUGUUUGGUUGUUUUUUUAAUUUAACAUCCCACUGUUCAUCUCUGAACUGGCUGAUACCCAAAUGUUGCCCCCUUUUUUUUUUUUUUUUUUAACCUGUAGAGAACUUCUGAGUAUGACACAUACAUAGCACUGGAUACAGCCUCUCCUGCUUUAUUCUUGCAAGUGCUGGGAUUAUGAAGUAUUUAAUUCCUCCUUCCACAAAAAAUAGACCAGAGCAAAGGAGAACAGAGGAAUUCUUCCAGGCAGUCAUAUUCCCUUCCUUGUACAUGGUCUCGUUCAUGGGCUAGUGAAAUGAAGGGAUGUGUGGUGUGUUCAGAACUAUGAUAGUGUCUGCAAGGGUGAAUACCUCGAUGUGUUGCAGUAAGAAGAUGGUACGGUGGAAGGCUUCCCAUCAGCAGAUUGAUGCUGGUGUGGCUUCUACAGGUGAGCAUCAGCUAUUCAGGGACAGAAGGAUAUGAUUAUAGUUUAUAUCAUCUGAGCUGUGGCAUUGUACCACACCUCCUGCUACAGUAAUAUGGAAAGUCACGAUGAGCUCCAGGAGAUCUGUUACUAAAUAGUAGAGAAGGGGUGUGGGGGAGAAGUAACUGCUUGCCCCUGUGAUUCUUUAGGGAAAAAGAAAUUGUAAAAGAAACUUUACAUUCUUCUAAGGGGGCUAAGUGAAUUUGUGUGGCAACUCCAGGUCUUCCUAAGCAGAGGGACACAUCUGCAGGAUCUGACAGAACAUACUAGGCCAGUCUCCUGUUCUUAAUCAGAAAAAUCUCUCAUGAGGAUUUGACUGUUACAGCUUGUCAGGUUAAUCUGCAUGCAGGCUCCUGGGCCUGAAGUCCGCAAGAUCUUCAGUAGUCCCUCCCAGCUGCACCCAAUAGUCUAGGAGUGGAUAAUGCUAUGCUCACCUUGCUUGGAAGACACUUUGGUGGCAGAAGUUAUUUUUAAUAGUGUAUUUUUAUACUGAAGUGUAAGCAACAGCAAUACAACGCUCUUCCUAGAGAGCGACAGAGAAGGGAGUAUGGGAAAUGGGAGCAAUCAACAAUCCCAUACCUCACUAGAUAAGCAUGUUUUGUAGUAGCUUUUAACGUUAAAAAAUGUCUGUGUGGGAGGGUAAGUGAUGAGUUAGGAAGCUGGGAAAGAUUGAUUUAAGGAAGCUGGGAAAGAUUGACUUAACCUUCACCCACUGGUAAGGCUGGGGUUUUAAACUCUCUUGCAAGCUUUAACUCUUUAAUCAUCCAUCACUUGCGGAUCAAAUACCACAGUGCAAGACAGAAGUGCCUAUCACUUGGUUGAUUGUAGUGGUUUUUUAAACUGGUAUGAGGGAUUGAGCUAUUUUUGUGCUGCAGCAACUACUCCCUCACUUGUACUUAAACUUCCUUUAAGAUGUGCUGCAAAAAACUUACAGGUCUCAACACUAUAAUGUUAAUUCAAAUUACAACAGAGAGCUUAGCUUUUAUCUUGCACUCUAAAUUAAAAAUGUCAAUUGCCUUUUACAACCCCAUGUGGAGUUUGUCAAAUGUUGGCAAACUGUUCAUGCUGAUGCAAUCUCCAGAGCCAAAUGCUAGCUAGCCAUUAACCUUGGGACAUUGGACCGUUGCUUUUCAUGCACAGUGUUUUGCCUAUUAACUGACAUUCACAGGUGUAUUAUGCUACAUCCAGUGCAAUCUCAAAACACUAGAUAUUACUACUGUAUUGCAGUUGGAAUAAAUCUUAAGUCACUUUUC